CGUAGAUAGUUAGCAGGGGUGUGAAGUUAAGCCCCUUAACCCUGGCUGUUGAUAUCCUGCUCUGGCAGAGCAGCUUCACAGGACGGACCCAGGAUUCUUUAAUGAAGUAGAAACCCUGAUCAAACCAUAAGUGUUAUUUUGCCGUGUGUGGAUGGCAGGGCGGACGAUGGGAGACGUCUGCGUUCGGCCCGGGCUAUGUCGGAGAGCAUCAUGACACAAGGCUAUUUUGGAGGCUCGGCUUUGAGGACAGAUAUGUCAGCUGUUUGCCAGCGGGCUCCACAAACGCAAAGGGGGGAAACAAAAAAAGAAAAAAAGAGAAAGCGCAACAGGCUGCAUCAGUGUUGGGGGGAACUAGAACACCAACAACCACCAGGCUAUGUUCUUUUAUUUAGGAGAAACUUAAAACUUUGACGGCUCGCUCCAGGACACUAGGUGAUGCACGGAUAGGGGUUUGGAGAUGGGAUCAGCCUGGGGGGAUUACUGAUUUGUUUGUUUCUGCCGGUAUUAACUCUGAGAGGGAGUUUAUUGAAGUCCGCACAAGGGAAUACCAGGAGACUUUAACUCCCUGAAGACAACAUCUGCUCCAGGUCAAGCCAGUAGGAGAAGAAAGAGCAUCUGGCAUCCGCUCACCUUCAACAUGGCCGACAACAUACCUGGAGGGAUAGUAGCGGCGGCCAAGAACCGGCUGCAGGUGGUGAAGGCCCUGGAGGACACGGCGGUGUGCGAGUGCGAGAGCCUCACCCUGGAGGUGGUGCUGAACCUGGCCUACGUCCAGGGCGCCUGGGCCCGCGACGGCCUGCGCCUCAAGGCCAAGCCCACCUGCCGCAUCAGCGCCCAGGGCAAGAAGCACGCGCUCACCCUGACCCGCGUGGGGCUGGCCGACGCCGGGACCGUCUCCUUCAGCGCCCUCGACGUGGAGACCAGCUGCAGGCUCACCGUCACAGCCAGGGACAUCUUCAUCGUGACGGAGCUGCAGGACGUGCGCGCCACGGAGCGGCAGGCGGUCAGCUUCCUGUGUGAGGUGAACCAGGAGGACCUGGAGGGGCGCUGGUACCGCGGCGACGCCCGGGUCCGGCCGGGGGACCACGUCCGGAUCCGGCACCAGGGUAAAACUCACAUCCUCAGCUUCAAGUCCGUCAGGCCGGAACAUGCCGGAGAGAUCAGAUUCACUGCCGAGCGAGUGUCCUCUUAUGCAACUCUUGCAGUUAAAGAGCUGCCGGUCCAGAUAGCCCGUCCUCUCAGGGUGAAGGUGGCCAUGUACCGACACCGCGGCCUCCUGGAGUGCCAGGUGUCCCGGCCCAACGCCCAGGUGCGCUGGUUCAAGAGCGGCCGCGAGCUGGCCACGGGUCAGAAGUACCAGCUCCUCAGCCAGGACGUCUACCGCCAGCUGACCAUCGACGACAUCUGCUCCUCGGACGAGGACACCUACACCUGCGACGCCGGCGACGACAAAACCUCCUGCCAGCUGCUGGUGGAGGAGCAGGCCAUCAAGAUCGUGCGCGGAAUGUCCUCGGUGACGGAGGUGACGGAGCCGGAGCCGGCGCUGUUCCAGGUGGAGACCAGCCUGCGCUCGGGGAGGCCCCCGCGCUGGACCCUGAGCGGGGAGGUCCUGGCCCCCAGCCCCGGGGUGAGGAUGGACCGGGACGGCACCGUCCACAGCCUCUGCCUCACCGCCACCGACAGCUCCAUGUCCGGACCCGUGGUGUUCGCCGCGGGCAAGAGCCACUGCAGCGGGAAGCUCACCGUCAGAGAGCGCCCCCUGCAGGUGCUCCGCCACCUGGAGGACGUGGAGGUGAAGGAGAACGCGGCGGUGACCCUGAGCUGCUCCUUCGCGCCCUCGCCGCGCGCCGUCCGCUGGUUCCGGGGGCGCACGGCCCUCAAGAGCUCCACCAAGUACAGCAUGAGGCGGGAGGGGCCCCGGGCGGAGCUCACCAUCCACGGCCUGCUGGGGAUGGACGGGGGGCCGUACCACUGCAUGGCGGGGGGGUCCCAGAGCACCGCGACCGUCAAGGUCGAAGUGCGCCGGCUGCAGAUGGUGAAGAGCCUGGAGCCGCUGGAGGUGGAGGAGGACGACAACGCCAUCUUCUCCUGCGAGCUGAACUACGUGGUGGCCAACGUGGAGUGGCUGCUCAACAGCUGCCGGCUCUACUCCAACGCCGUGUACCGCAUCCAGAACAUGGGCACCAUGCACAGCCUCACCGUCCGGAGGCUCCGCCCACAGGAGAGCAGGGUCACCUUCAAGGCCGGGCCCAUCUCCGAGACCACCACGCUGAGGGUCAAAGAGCGACCGGCCGUGUUCCUGCGCUCCCUGGAGGACGUGGUGGGGGAGGAGCAGGGCCGGGUGUGCCUGCAGUGCGAGGCCUCCAAGGAGACGGCGAGCCCCGUGUGGACGAAGGACGGCGAGGCGCUGACCCCCGGGGACCGGGUCGAGCUGCUGCACGCCGGCCGCUCCAUGAGCCUCACCCUGCUCGGCCUCUGUAAGGACGACGCCGGACACUACACCUGUGACCUGGGCGCCAGCCAGACCCGGGCGAAGGUCACCGUGCAUGACCUUCUCAUCACCAUUGUCCAACGGUUGAAGACUGCCUCUGUCCUGGAAGGGGAGAACUGCACCUUCGAGUGUCUUCUGUCCCACGACCUCUUGGAAGAGCCCACCUGGACUAUCAACGGCCAGCUUGUGGUCAGCGACUCCCGGCUUCAGGUGAUCCAGAACGGGCGCCUGUACAAACUGGCCAUCAAAGAGGCCAACCUGCUCGAUGCUGGAGACGUGGUCUUCACCGUCAAAGACCUCAGCUGCAGGACCAUGCUCUUCGUCCGAGAGAAGGCGGUGCACGUGUUCCGGGAGAUGCAGAGCGUGAAGGUGGUGCCGGGCGACGACGCGGUGCUGAGCUGUGAGAUCACCAAGCCCGAGGCCACCAUCCGCUGGCUGAAGAACGGCCACCCCGUGCGCCCCGGCUCCAAGCACGUGGUCAGCGUGGAGAAGACCCUGGUGAGCCUGGUGAUCCGCAGCGCCACCGUCAGGGACUCCGGGGAGUACUGCUGCGAGGCAGACGGCAUCGCCACGCGCGCCAAGCUGGAGGUCCGAGAGCUGCAGCACACCUUCUCCCGGGAGCUGCGGGACGCGCAGGGCGAGGAGAAGGGCAAGGUGACCCUGGAGUGCGAGACGCGGCGCCCGGCCCAGCGCGUGGCCUGGCUGAAGGGCCUGACCGAGCUGCGCCCGGGCAGGAAGUACGUCAUGAGGCAGAGCGGCGUGCUGCUGUCGCUCACCGUCUGCUGCCUGGAGACCGCCGACACGGACCACUACACCUGCGACGUGGGCACCAUGAAGAGCCACGCCCAGCUCACCGUCAUCAGUCAGCGGGUGCUGAUCCUGGACGAGCUGGAGGACUCGGAGUGCCUGGAGGGCGACACCGUCACCUUCCGCUGCCGCAUCUGCCCCAGCGACCUGGUGUCGGUGAAGUGGUACCUGGACGAGACCCUGCUGUACACCAACGAGCUCAACGAGAUCCAGGCGAUGCAGGGGGGCCUCCACAUGCUCACCUUCAGGCAGCUGGCCCGCAAGGACAGCGGCACCAUCUCCUUCGAGGCCGGGGACAAGAGGUCCUACGCCUCGCUGCUCGUCAGAGAGCGACGCCCGACCAUCAUCAAGUCCCUGGAGGACUGCGAGGCCGUGGAGGGCGGCGGCCUGACGCUGUGCUGCGUCACCUCCAAGCCGUGUCACAUCCUGUGGUACAAGGACGGCUGCCAGAUGUGGAACUCCUCGCGCUACUUCGCGGUGCGCUCGGGCUGCGAGGCGCGGAUGACCAUCCGGGAGGUCAGUGGCGGCGACGGCGGCGUCUACGAGUGCAGCGCCGGAUCCGUCACCACCCGGGCGGUCGUCAGGGUCAAAGCCAUCCCCGCAGAGUUCACCCAGCCGCUCACGGACCUGGAGGCGCGGGAGGGCGAGGCCGUGACCCUGAGCUGUGAGUACUCCCUGCCCGGGGUCCUGUACCACUGGCGGCGGGGCCAGGAGAACCUCCGCGCCGGCGACAAGUACGCCAUGAGGCACAAGAAGACGGCCAUCUUCCUGACGGUGGUGGCCCUCACGCCCCAGGACUCGGGGGUCUACAGCUGCCUCUGCAGAGAGCACGUCACCAGCGCCAGCCUCAGAGUCAUCGCCAUCCCCAUCACGUUCACGCAGCCCCUGAAGCCCGUGCAGGCGGACGAGGGCGUCAGCGUGACUCUGCGCUGCGAGCUCUCCAAGGCCGGCGUGGCGGUGGAGUGGAAGAGAGGGGAUGAUCUGCUGAGGAAUGGGAUUAGGCACCAGAUCAGGCGCCGGGAGACGGGCCAGGAGCUGCUGCUCUGGAGGCCGCUGCCGCGGGACAGCGGCGUGUACAGCUGUGUGUGCGCCGAUCAGAAGACGUCCGCUACGGUGACCAUCAUCGCGCUGCCCCUGACCUUCAAGCAGAAGCUGAGGAACGUCAUGAUGGAGGAGGGCGGCAGUGCCACCUUCCGCUGCGAGCUCUCCAAGGCCGGCCCCGCCGUGGCGUGGCGGCGGGGGGGCGACGGGGAGGUCCUCGAGCACGGGGACAAGUUCCACAUCAGGCACCGGGACGUGCACGCCGAGCUCAAGGUCCUGGACGUCACGCCCGAGGACAGCAACGUCUACACCUGCGUCUGCGGGAACAUCGAGUCCACCGCCACGCUGACCGUCAACGCGCUGCCCGUGUCCUUCAGACAGAAGCUGCAGAGCGUGCGCGUGGAGGAGGGGCAGAACGCCACCCUGCAGUGCGAGACCUCCCGGCCGGGUGUGCCCGUGGAGUGGAGCCAGGGGGGGUUCCUGCUGCAGCACGGGGAGAAGUUCCUGAUCAAGCAGAGGGGGGCGCUGCAGGAGCUGAUCCUGAGAGACGCGGUCCCCGAGGACAGCGGCGUCUACACGUGUGUGUGCCGGGAGAUGAGGACCAAGGCCACGGUGAAGGUCGUCGCGGUGGCGGCGACGUUCCGGGCGCGCCUGCGGAGCCAGGAGGGGGAGGAGGGAGGCAGCGCCACGCUGCGCUGCGAGCUCUCCAAGAAGGGCGUGGCCGUGGAGUGGCGCCGCGGCGAGCAGGUGCUCACCGAGGAGGUGUCCCGGGGCAAGUACCGGAUGAGCCAGGAGGGGCGCGCGGCCCAGCUGACCGUCCUGCAGCUCCACCUGGGGGACGCGGGGCAGUACAGCUGCUCCGUCGGGGAGGAGAGGACCAGCGCGCAGCUCACCGUCAAACCUCUCCCGGUGACCUUCAGGCGGGAGCUCCAGCCGGUGGCGGUGAGGGAGGGGGGCCGGGCCGUGCUCUGCUGUGAGCUGUCCCGGCCCGGGGCCCCUGUGGACUGGACGAAGGGCCGGACGGUGCUCAGACCGGGGGACAAGUACGAGAUGAGGCAGGAGGGGCCCUACACCAAGCUGGUCAUCCUCAGCGCAGAGGAGAGCGACGCGGGCAAGUACACCUGUAAGAGCCAGGACGGACAGUCCACCGCCCAGCUCACCGUCACAGGUCUUCCCCCGUGUUUCCAGCGGCCCCUGGUGGACGUGGAGGGAACUGAGGGCGCCAGCGUCGUGUUCCACUGUGAGCUCACCAAACCGGCCGCCGCGGUGGAGUGGAGGAGGGAGGAGGAGCCGCUGUGGGAGGGAGGGAAGUACCAGAUGAGGAUGAAGGAGCUGCAGGUGGAGCUGCGGAUCGUGGAGCUGGCCCCGGAGGACGGCGGGGAGUACUCGUGUGUCUGCGGGGAGCACAGGACCACGGCCCGGCUGGGGGUGAACGAGCCCCCCCUAAUCUUCGUCCAGGAGCUGCGGGGGGUCCACGCGGAGGAGGGCGGCCCCCUGACCCUGCAGUGCGAGCUGUCCCGGGCCCCCGGGGCCCCGGUCCAGUGGCUGCGGGGCGACGGGCCCCUGAGCAGCGGGGACCGGUACCAGCUCAGGAGCACCGGGCCGCUCCAGCAGCUCCUCAUCAGACGGGGCCGGCCCGAGGACAGCGGGGCGUACGCGUGUGUGUGUGGGGAGCUGAGGACCGCCGCCACCCUGGACAUCACCGCGGUCCCGGUGAGCUUCCGGCUGAAGCUGAAGAGCCAGGAGGCGGUGGAGGAGGGCAGCGUGAGCCUGCGCUGCGAGCUGUCCAAGGCGGGCGUGGCGGUGGAGUGGCGGCGCAACGCCAAGCUGCUGAGGGAGGGCCGGCGCUACGAGCUGAGGGCCGAGGGCCGGCUGGCCGAGCUGGUGGUCCGCAGGGUGGUCCUAGAGGACGCCGGCGAGUACAGCUGCAGCGCCGGGGACGCCGUGACCUCCGCCGACCUCACCGUCAGAGCCCUCCCUGUCACCUUCACCAAGGAGGUGGAGCCGGUGUCGGUGAGGGAGGGGGGCCGGGCCGUGCUCUGCUGUGAGCUGUCCCGGCCCGGGGCCCCUGUGGACUGGACGAAGGGCCGGACGGUGCUCAGACCGGGGGACAAGUACGAGAUGAGGCAGGAGGGGCCCUACACCAAGCUGGUCAUCCUCAGCGCAGAGGAGAGCGACGCGGGCAAGUACACCUGUAAGAGCCAGGACGGACAAUCCACCGCACAGCUCACCGUCACAGCUCCCCCCAUCACCUUCAAGGUGAAGCUGAGGAACCAGCAGGUGGAGGAGGAGAGCAGCGUCACCCUGAGCUGUGAGCUCUCCAGGCCGGGCCUGGCGGCCGAGUGGAGGAGGGGGCUGGAGGUCCUGAAGAGCGGCCUGAGGCACCAGGUCAGACGGAGGGAGGGCGUGAUGGAGCUGACGGUCAGGAACGCCCUGCUGGAGGACAGCGGGGUGUACUGCUGCGUCUACGGCGACGCCCUGACCACGGCCAACCUCACCGUCACCCCGAUCCCCAUCACGUUCAAGACGGGUCUGAAGAACCAGGAGGCGCGUGAGGGCGGGGACGUGGCCCUGCGCUGCGAGCUGUCCAAGGCCGGCGUCCCGGUGGAGUGGUGGAAGGGGGAGGACCGGCUGGAGCCCGGCGGACGCUACCAGACGGUGCUCAGCGGCACCUCGGCAGAGCUGCACAUCAGGAACAUCCAGCCCGAGGACGUGGGCGAGUACAGCUGCAUCCUGGGGGAGCAGAGGACCACGGCCGAGGUCAACGUCAGAGCUGCAGCGUCGGUGUACAUCGAGAAGGAGCUGGAGAGCCGGGUGGAGGUGACGGAGGGCAAGACGGCCGUGCUCUGCUGUGAGAUCUCCAGCGCCAACGUCCCGGUCACCUGGAAGAAGAACGACACCACGGUGGAGCCGGGAGGCCGGUGCCUCAUCAGGAAGGAGGGCUUCACCCACACCCUGGAGAUCCAGGGUGUGGGUCGAGAGGACGCCGGAGAGUACUGCUGCAUCACCCGGGGCAAGAAGACCGCCGCCCGGCUCAUCGUGAGGGAGCGCGUGCGGAUCGUCUCGGGGCUGCAGGACCGGACGGUGACGGCGGGCGAGGACGCGGCGUUCGUGUGCGAGCUGAGCCACGCCGACGUGAGCGAAGGCGAGUGGUGGCUCCUCUCCAGCCCGCUGCAGAGGAACGAGAUGAACCGGAUGACCUUCCAGGGGCGGCAGCAGCGCCUGGUGCUCACCAUGACCACGCCGGACGAGACCGGAGAGGUGGCCUUUGUGAUCGGCGAGGAGAGGACCUCAGCCAUGCUCUUAGUGGUUCCCAGAGUCAAAGUUUUGUUGAAGGAGCGGCCUAAGGAUGUCGUGAUCAUGGAGGGGCAAACGGCCACCCUCUCCUGCACCACGUCUGAUGACACCAACCCGGUCACCUGGAGAAGGAACAGCGCACCCCUCCACCACGGCACCAAAUACGAGAUCCGCAAGGAGGGCCACCUGAACCUGCUUCUCAUCCACGACGCGGAGCUCCUGGACACCGGCACAUACACCUGUGACACUGGCGAUGUGAAGGGCAAUGCCCUGCUCACUGUGCACGAACUGCCUCCGUUCUUCCAGGAAGGGGUGCAUGAUGUAGAAGCUGAGGAGGAAGGAACUACCUCUCUGUCCUGUGAGCUUUCUAAGCCUCCUCAGCCUGGAGUGUUGGUGCAGUGGCGGAAGAACAGGCUGCCAAUGAGAGCCAACAGGAAGUAUGAGAUGAAACAAGAUGGCUGCCUGCUCCAGCUCCUCAUCAAGGACCUCAAACCAGAGGACAGUGGCAGCUACUCCUGUCAAGUUGGAGAAGUCGAGAGCACUGCUAGUUUGGCAGUCAGAGAACUCCCUCCAACUAUCAAGAAGGAGCUACAGAGUGUGGAGGCAGAGGAGGAAGGAACUACCUCUCUGUCCUGUGAGCUUUCUAAGCCUCCUCAGCCUGGAGUAUUGGUGCAGUGGAGGAAGAACAGGCUGCCACUGAGAGCCAACAGGAAGUAUGAGAUGAAACAAGAUGGCUGCCUGCUCCAGCUCCUCAUCAAGGACCUCAAACCAGAGGACAGUGGCAGCUACGCCUGUCAAGUUGGAGGAGCAGAGAGCUCUGCUAGUCUGACUGUGAAAGAACUCCCUCCUUACUUUGAGGAGGAGAUGCAGGAUGUGGAGGCAGAGGAGGAAGGAACUACCUCUCUGUCCUGUGAGCUUUCUAAGCCUCCUCAGCCUGGAGUGUUGGUGCAGUGGAGGAAGAACAGGCUGCCACUGAGAGCCAACAGGAAGUAUGAGAUGAAACAAGAUGGCUGCCUGCUGCAGCUCCUCAUCAAGGACCUCAAACCAGAGGACAGUGGCAGCUACUCCUGUCUAGUAGGAGGAGCAGAGAGCUCUGCUAGUCUGACUGUCACGGAACUCGUUCCAUCGUUCAACAAGGAGCUACAGAGUGUGGAGGCUGAGGAGGAAGGAACUACCUCUCUGUCCUGUGAGCUUUCUAAGCCUCCUCAGCCUGGAGUGUUGGUGCAGUGGAGGAAGAACAGGCUGCCACUGAGAGCCAACAGGAAGUAUGAGAUGAAACAAGAUGGCUGCCUGCUCCAGCUCCUCAUCAAGGACCUCAAACCAGAGGACAGUGGCAGCUACUCCUGUCUAGUAGGAGGAGCAGAGAGCUCUGCUAGUCUGGCUGUCACAGAACUCCUUCCAUCGUUCAUGAAGGAGCUACAGAGUGUGGAGGCUGAGGAGGAAGGAACUACCUCUCUGUCCUGUGAGCUUUCUAAGCCUCCUCAGCCUGGAGUGUUGGUGCAGUGGAGGAAGAACAGGCUGCCACUGAGAGCCAACAGGAAGUAUGAGAUGAAACAAGAUGGCUGCCUGCUCCAGCUCCUCAUCAAGGACCUCAAACCAGAGGACAGUGGCAGCUACUCCUGUCUAGUAGGAGGAGCAGAGAGCUCUGCUAGUCUGACUGUGACCGAACUCGUUCCAUCGUUCAAGAAGGAGCUACAGAGUGUGGAGGCUGAGGAGGAAGGAACUACCUCUCUGUCCUGUGAGCUUUCUAAGCCUCCUCAGCCUGGAGUGUUGGUGCAGUGGAGGAAGAACAGGCUGCCACUGAGAGCCAACAGGAAGUAUGAGAUGAAACAAGAUGGCUGCCUGCUCCAGCUCCUCAUCAAGGACCUCAAACCAGAGGACAGUGGCAGCUACUCCUGUCUAGUAGGAGGAGCAGAGAGCUCUGCUAGUCUGACUGUGACCGAACUCCUUCCAUCCUUCAAGAAGGAGCUACAGAGUGUGGAGGCUGAGGAGGAAGGAACUACCUCUCUGUCCUGUGAGCUUUCUAAGCCUCCUCAGCCUGGAGUGUUGGUGCAGUGGAGGAAGAACAGGCUGCCACUGAGAGCCAACAGGAAGUAUGAGAUGAAACAAGAUGGCUGCCUGCUCCAGCUCCUCAUCAAGGACCUCAAACCAGAGGACAGUGGCAGCUACUCCUGUCUAGUAGGAGGAGCGGAGAGCUCUGCUAGUCUGGCUGUGACCGAACUCGUUCCAUCGUUCAACAAGGAGCUACAGAGUGUGGAGGCUGAGGAGGAAGGAACUACCUCUCUGUCCUGUGAGCUUUCUAAGCCUCCUCAGCCUGGAGUGUUGGUGCAGUGGAGGAAGAACAGGCUGCCACUGAGAGCCAACAGGAAGUAUGAGAUGAAACAAGAUGGCUGCCUGCUCCAGCUCCUCAUCAAGGACCUCAAACCAGAGGACAGUGGCAGCUACUCCUGUCUAGUAGGAGGAGCAGAGAGCUCUGCUAGUCUGACUGUGACAGAACUCCUUCCAUCGUUCAAGAAGGAGCUACAGAGUGUAGAGGCUGAGGAGGAAGGAACUACCUCUCUGUCCUUUGAGCUUUCUAAGCCUCCUCAGCCUGGAGUGUUGGUGCAGUGGAGGAAGAACAGGCUGCCACUGAGAGCCAACAGGAAGUAUGAGAUGAAACAAGAUGGCUGCCUGCUCCAGCUCCUCAUCAAGGACCUCAAACCAGAGGACAGUGGCAGCUACUCCUGUCUAGUAGGAGGAGCAGAGAGCUCUGCUAGUCUGACUGUGACCGAACUCCUUCCAUCGUUCAAGAAGGAGCUACAGAGUGUGGAGGCUGAGGAGGAAGGAACUACCUCUCUGUCCUGUGAGCUUUCUAAGCCUCCUCAGCCUGGAGUGUUGGUGCAGUGGAGGAAGAACAGGCUGCCACUGAGAGCCAACAGGAAGUAUGAGAUGAAACAAGAUGGCUGCCUGCUCCAGCUCCUUAUCAAGGACCUCAAACCAGAGGACAGUGGCAGCUACUCCUGUCAAGUUGGAGAAGUCGAGAGCUCUGCUAGUUUGGCAGUCAGAGAACUCCCUCCAACUAUCAAGAAGGAGCUACAGAGUGUGGAGGCUGAGGAGGAAGGAACUACCUCUCUGUCCUGUGAGCUUUCUAAGCCUCCUCAGCCUGGAGUGUUGGUGCAGUGGAGGAAGAACAGGCUGCCACUGAGAGCCAACAGGAAGUAUGAGAUGAAACAAGAUGGCUGCCUGCUCCAGCUCCUCAUCAAGGACCUGAAACCAGAGGACAGUGGCAGCUACUCCUGUCUAGUAGGAGGAGCAGAGAGCUCUGCUAGUCUGGCUGUGACCGAACUCGUUCCAUCGUUCAACAAGGAGCUACAGAGUGUGGAGGCUGAGGAGGAAGGAACUACCUCUCUGUCCUGUGAGCUUUCUAAGCCUCCUCAGCCUGGAGUGUUGGUGCAGUGGAGGAAGAACAGGCUGCCACUGAGAGCCAACAGGAAGUAUGAGAUGAAACAAGAUGGCUGCCUGCUCCAGCUCCUCAUCAAGGACCUCAAACCAGAGGACAGUGGCAGCUACUCCUGUCUAGUAGGAGGAGCAGAGAGCUCUGCUAGUCUGGCUGUCACAGAACUCCUUCCAUCGUUCAAGAAGGAGCUACAGAGUGUGGAGGCUGAGGAGGAAGGAACUACCUCUCUGUCCUGUGAGCUUUCUAAGCCUCCUCAGCCUGGAGUGGUGGUGCAGUGGAGGAAGAACAGGCUGCCACUGAGAGCCAACAGGAAGUAUGAGAUGAAACAAGAUGGCUGCCUGCUCCAGCUUCUCAUCAAGGACCUCAAACCAGAGGACAGUGGCAGCUACUCCUGUCUAGUAGGAGGAGCAGAGAGCUCUGCUAGUCUGGCUGUGACCGAACUCGUUCCAUCGUUCAAGAAGGAGCUACAGAGUGUGGAGGCUGAGGAGGAAGGAACUACCUCUCUGUCCUGUGAGCUUUCUAAGCCUCCUCAGCCUGGAGUGUUGGUGCAGUGGAGGAAGAACAGGCUGCCACUGAGAGCCAACAGGAAGUAUGAGAUGAAACAAGAUGGCUGCCUGCUCCAGCUCCUCAUCAAGGACCUCAAACCAGAGGACAGUGGCAGCUACGCCUGUCUAGUAGGAGGAGCAGAGAGCUCCGCUAGUCUGGCUGUGACCGAACUUCUUCCAUCUUUCAAGAAGGAGCUACAGGAUGCAGUGGCUAAGGAUGGAGAGACUGCCUCUCUGUCCUGUGAGCUUUCGAAGCCUCCUGAGCCUGAAGUGAGGGUGAGGUGGAGGAAAAACAGGCUGCCACUGAGGGCCAACAGAAAAUAUGAGAUGAAACAAGAUGGCUGCCUGCUCAAGCUCCUCAUCAAGGACCUCAACCUAGAGGACAGUGGCAGCUACUCCUGCCUAGUAGGAGGAGCAGAGAGCUCUGCUAGUCUGGCUGUUACAGCGAUUGAUUUGGAUCUCCCUAAGAAGACACUGCCGGUCAAGACAAAGCCUACUUCAGAAGAGAGUGUUGUCGAACACACUCCUCGAGUUCCACCGGUCACGUCCAUUACUAAAGAUGCCAUACCUGUUCCAUUGUCCCAGACCUGCGUGACUGACCAGGAAUUAGAACUGGAACCAAAGGUGGCACCUAAGGCGGAACCUAAAGUGUCAAAACCUGAGCAAAGGAAGGAGCAGGAAGACCAAGGAGAAACAUUGACAUACAUAGCACCUAACAAAGUCAGUGAGGAAAAGCCCAAAGCCAAGCAGCUAGAUGGAACCCAAGAAAGAAACAAUGACGUGAUCAAGAGACGCAUGUCAGGUUCUCAAGAUACCAAGGUUGUGCGAUUUGACAUCACUGACCCAGAAGAUGAACCGCAGCCAACGGCGGAGCCUCAGGUGCCGAAGCCAGUCCCAAGGAGGAAGAAUGAGGUCCAAAGAGACACGUUGCCAUUAAAGCUCCUGAAAGAAGACAAUGAGGAAGUGCAUGAAGUGAAGCAGCUUGAAGGUAAACAAGAAACAAUCACGGAAGUCGACAAGAGACAUAUGUCAGUCAGUAAAGACACCAAGGUGGUGAGAUUUGACAUUUCUGACCCAGAAUGUGAACUGGAGGAAAGGGUGGAACCUGAAGUGCCAAAGCCGGUCCCAAGAAGGAAGCAUGAAAGAGACGCAGUGCCAAUUAUGUCUCUGAGUGAUGAUGGUGAGAAGGGGCAUAAAGUUGAGCAGCUUGAGGUGAAGAAAGAGCAUACCUUGGAGAUGGAAAAGAGACGUUCGUCUUCAGCUUUGUCACUAGAGAGCAAGAGUAAGAAAUCCUCAAAUGAAGGACCGAUGGUGAGACCUCUGCAGUCGGCCAUGAUGAAUCAAAAGAAGGAGACAGAGCCCGAGGAACAGAAAGAAAAACUACCAUCAACACAUUUGGUGAAACCGAGGGGUGGUGAUCAGAUGUCAGCACCCACUCCACAGGAACAAAGUGAGAUUAAAAAGACUGAACAAAUGCCUUUGGACCCACCACAGAAGUAUGUCGAGAACAAACACAUAAUGCCUCAAAUUGUGACGUAUACCUCAAAGGAGGAUGACGUACAAAAGAGAGAGGAGGUGCCUUUGAGACCACCGGUAAGAACUAAAGGGAAACUUACUGCGUCAAGCAAAGCAUCCGAGUCAGGCUUCAAGGAAAUAGUUGAGAGGCAACCAUCAAAGGAUGAUCCUGAACAAGACAAGGUUGUCGAAGAUAUUGUCCCACCACAUGAAACCUCUUUGAUGGAAGCCACUGUGAAGAUGUCACUGAAAGCUCUUGAAAAAACGCCUGCAGCAGAUGCUAUGGAUGAAGUGGCAGUAAAGACAAAAGAGAGGCCUAUUGUGAUAGAGACCCUACCACCAAAGCCACCUGCGAGGACCAAAGGCAGGGCCAGGAGGGCAUCGGGAAGCCAGUUCUCAAGAGACUCCGAGGCAAGUCAAGAUGAAGAACAGGUCCUGGUCAUUCCUGUGUUUAAGAAGGAAGUUCAGGCAGCUCUAGACUCUGUAAAACUUUUCGAGAAGAAAUGUGAGGAGAAUAAUGAUGUUGAGAGGGAACAACCUGUCACACGAGACAUCGAGACCGAACAGGAAGCUAAACAACUCGUCAAGAGUAAACAGAAGGAAGUGGAAAUGAAACAGCCGUUGCUGCCAGUGGGGCCCCUUAAAGAAAUGGAACAGCCAGUGGCAACACUGGUGGGAACCCCAAGCAGUGUGCCCAAACUGGACGAGGGCAGGAAGCACGAGGUGCGACCGAUGCGCUUGGAGAGUGAGACACCAGAGUCCCGCGAUAACAUUCCUCUUCUCUUCAUCACGGAAGACGACACCUUCUCUAUAGCCGGAUCGGAGAAAACGGUGGACUUCAGCAGCAUCCAGCCUUUCGGCUUCACCGUUAAUGCGCCAUCUCAACCUGCUCCCAUCCAGCUUUUACCUCAGGUGACCCAACCACCAGAGGCACCAACUGAAGCUCCAGAAGAUAUCAUGGAUAUCAUAGACAAUGAACCCGAGAUGCUGGAAGCUGCGGUCAAGAUUCAGGCUGCGUUCAAAGGCUACAAGGCCCGUAAAGACAUGCGUCCCGUCUUCAAGGAGGUGUUUAAGAACCAGGGGGUGGAACUCGGCGGUACGGCCCAUUUGGAGUGCGUUGCGGAGGGGAAGCUCGAGGCUGUGCGCUGGCUUAAACACGGACAGCAGAUAAUCGCCGACCAGCGGCACAGGAUGAAGACUUCAGAACACGGUGUCCUCGUACUGGAGGUCACCGACGUGAACCUCAUGGACAGCGGCGUUUACACCUGUGAAGUCGUCAAUAAGUUUGGUGUGAUCUCCUAUAGCGGUAACAUAACCGCACAAGCGACCCCAGCCAGCACCACCAAGCCUGUUCACUCUGCGCUCGCAGCCAUAAUGCCACUUCAACCGGUGCCCCAGAAGCCUCAAGCCCUGGCAAAGCCGAUGCCCCAGGCUCCGCCUCCGACCCAGGCUCCGCCUCCGACCCAGGCUCUGCCUCCAGCCCGGACUCCAGUAGCCCCGGUAGCCUUAGCCAACGAGCCGACCGGCUUUGUCGUUGAGAGUGAGGGCGUCUCUCUAUGGGAGGCCUACAACCUGACUGAGCAGGACAGCCAGAUGACUCUGCAGGAGAGGAGGCGAGCCUCGCUGAUCCCUGCCAGUUCCAUGUCCAGCCCCUCCGACUACGACACCGCUCCAGACUACAUGGAAGCUCUCGAGACCGCUCCCGAACCCAGCGAGGAUCCCGAAGAGGAACAGGUGGCUGUGAUGGACGAUAGAGAACCGACAGCUGAGACGCGACCACAAAUGAAACUCCUGAAGGUCAAAGGUGAAUUUGAGGGCGUAUCAAGAACACCCUCUCCUAAGCAUCACCGUGCCCACGCACCUUUAGCUGCUGCCGGCUCAGCGUCAGAGUCCGAGGGAGACGAAGAUAGAAGAGAGACCUUUGACAUCUACGUGGCCCGAGCCGACUGCAGCCCCAGCGCUGGAAACAAGGAGGCCUUUAUUCUGAAGGAGGGCCAGUUUGUAGAGGUCCUGGAUUGUGUACACCCGGACAAGUGGUUGGUUCGCACGAAGCCCACCAAAAACAACCCUGUACGGCAGGGAUGGGUCUGCCCAGCGUAUCUGGAGAAGAAGAGAACCGAGACGUUCCCACUGCCGAGCGCUCCUCAGGAGGAUCUGGACGGGAUCGGGUCGACCGGUGAGGAGUACCGGAGGACACUGAGCCAACUGAUCCAGGGCCUGGUGGACGGGGAGGAGGAGUUUGUGAAGGAGAUGAAGGACUUUGCGUCCCAUCACCUUGAGACCGGCCCCCAUGUCCUGCCCAGCGUCCUCACCCAGAGAGAGACCGUCUUCAGGAACAUCAGCGACAUCAUCCUCCUCCACGAGAGGUCCGUGCUGCCCAGACUGAGCGACUGCGCCACAGAUGAUGACGUGGCCAUGCAUCUGCUGAGGCAGGCGGAGGACUUUGAGAAGUACGUCCACUACAUGGUGGGCCAAACCCAGGCAGAGGCGUCCGUCACCGAGAAGGCUGUCCAGCAGUAUCUAAACACAAGGGAUCCAUCAGAGCCGGGGAACCCUGAGACCACAGCCAUGGAGGUCCUCACGUUCCUCCAGCGACCCAUGGAACGCAUCCAGACCUACCAGGCCCUGCUGAAGGAGCUGAUCCGGAACAAGGCCCAGAGCGGCCAGGCGUGCUGCGUUCUGGAGGACGCCUUCUCCAUGGUGUCGCGUCUGCCCGGCCGCUCAGAGAAGCUGCGUCUGGUCUCCCUCAUAGAGAACUACCCCGCGCCGCUGUCCGCCCUGGGGGAGCCCGUACGCCAGGGGGUCUUGACGGUGUGGGAGGAAUCCCCGGAGAUGAAGACGGCCAGCAGAGGGCAGCAGAGACAAGUGUUCCUCUUCAAGGACUGUGUGAUCCUGUGUAAACUGAAGAGGGGCCCCGGGGCCAACACUGACGUCUACGGCUUCAAAAACAAGAUGAAGCUGAACGACCUGAAGGUGAAGGACAGUCCCGGGGGGGGAGGCGACGAGAGGAGCUGGGUGCUGGGCCACGAGCACCGGGGCUCGGUGCGGACCUACACCCUGCAGGGCCGCUCCACCCUGGUCAAGCUCUCCUGGCUCCGGGACCUCAGGGAGCUCCAGCAGACCUCUGAGCUCCCCUGCUGCAGCCCGCCAGUGUUUGAGGAGCAGCUGUCAGACGUCACCACCCAGCCGGGGCAGACCAUCCGGCUGGCCUGCAGGGUGACCGGCUCCCCCGCCCCGGUAGUCAGCUGGCUCAAAGACGGGCUCCACCUGGACGUGGACCUGCGCCACAUCCUGACGGCCAGGCGGUCGGGGGCCCACAGCCUGGUGCUGGACGGCCUGGCCCCGGGGGACGGGGGCCAGUACCUCUGCUACGCCCUCAGCCCGGUGGGCAGCGCCAGCACCCUGGCCCGGGUCACCGUGGAGGCUCCUCCCCGGUUCCUCAGCCGACUGGAGAGCAUGUGUCUGAUGGAGGGGGAGGACCUCCAGUUCAUCUGCUCCACCCUCUCCACCCCCCUGCCCAGAGUCAGGUGGGGUAAAGAUGGCGUAGAGCUGACCGACCGGAGUAAGUACCGGAUCUCCAACGACGCCCGCAGUGGGAUCCUGACUCUGACCGUCGUCAGCCCCACCGAGGCCGACGUCGGCCUCUACGAGUGCGAGCUCUCGAACCCGAUGGGCUGCGCCAAGUGCAAGGCCGGGCUUUGCCCCGCCUACGUGCCGUCGAUUGACAGCGAGAUCGUCGAACCGCAGGACUUGUCCCCCAAAGACGCUGACUCAGAAGGCUGGUCCGCUGUCCUGGUGAAGAAGUGGCUGCAGACGGACUUCAGUCCCAAGUCCAUCGUGAGGAGCCUCUUCGGUCCGGGGAGCUCAGAGGAUGCUGAAGGUCUUCCUGAAGUGGGUGAAGCUACCCCCCCACCCACGGAGACCCCCCCCCGCGAGCCCCUUUACUACCCCGAGGGAGAGGAGGAGGAGCUCUUCAUCUCAGAGCCCAUGCAGGAGAUCCAAGAUGCUCCUCCCUUCGUUCAGGUUCCCCCAGAGAGCCUGUGCGUGGAGCCCGGCCAAUCAGCUGUCUUCACUGCCAUCAUCACAGGAAGACCCGCCCCCCACAUACAGUGGUACAAGGACGAGGAGGAGCUCUCAGCCAAUGACAACGUGGAGAUGAGGCAGCAGGGGGCCCGCUGCUCGGUGACGGUGGUCUGUCCUGAGGGGGAGGACAGCGGCAUGUACACCUGCCUGGCCUACAACGACUCGGGACACACCUCCUGCCAGGCGGAGCUCAUUGUGGAGGAAGGACCGCUGGAGGUGGAGGAGCGCGAGGUGGAGCUCGGCAGGCGGAGGAAGCUGUUCUCCGUCUACGACAUCCACGAGGAAGUGGGAAGGGGGGCGUUCGGCGUGGUGAAGCGCGUGGUCCACAGGAGGACCGGGGAGGGCUUCGCGGCCAAGUUCCUGCCCCUGAGGAACAGCACCAGAACCAGGGCCUUCCAGGAGAGGGACCUGCUGUCCCGCCUGGCCCACCCCAGGGUGGCCUGCCUGCUGGACUUCUUCUGCACCCGACGCACCCUGGUCCUGGUCACCGAGGUCUGCUGUCCUUAUGGACUUCUGGACCAUCUGCUGCUCAAGGCAUCGGUCACAGAGAGAGAGGUCCAGUCUUACCUCCAGCAGAUCCUGGAGGGCGUCGCCCACAUCCACAGCAUGAACAUCCUGCACCUGGACCUCAAGCCCGAUAACAUCCUGAUGGUCUACCCGCCACGAGAUGAGGUCAAGAUCUGCGACUUCGGCUUCAGCCAGGAGAUGGACGCGUCCCGACACCAGUACAGCAAGUUCGGGACGCCAGAGUUCGUGGCCCCGGAGAUCGUUCACCAGGAGCCCGUCACCGGGGCGACGGACGUGUGGUCCCUGGGAGUGAUCGCCUUCCUCUGCCUGACGUGCCGCUGCCCCUUCGCCGGCGAGACGGACCGCGCCACGCUGCUCCGGGUGGGGGAGGGGACCCUGAGCUGGGAGACCCCCGACCUGACCGCCCGCACCCCCGAGGCCCAGGACUUCCUGCGCCUGGUCCUCCAACCGGAGCCUGAGAGGAGACCCACUGCCACUGAGUGCUUGAGCCAUGAGUGGUUCCUGGAUGAGCACGCAGUCGAGGACACGGACGACAUCAACACGAGGAGCUUGAAGGUCUUUAUCUCCAGGAGGAAAUGGCAGCGGUCGCUGACCUGCAUCGGCUCCGUGCUGACCCUGCGGCCCCUCCCCGAGCUGCUGGGGGCCCCUCUCAGGGACACGGCCGCCACAGUCCCCCGGGAGCCCCGCGACCACAGCAGCUCCUCGCCCAGCAGCGGCUCCUCCUCCGAGUACGACGAGGCCGACUCCUGGGACUUCUUCCAGCACGCCAGCCCCACCGAGGAAGAGGAGGAGGACGACGACGAAGAGGAGCAGGAGGAGGAGGAGGAGGGGGGCUACGACCCGCUGGCGAAGCGGGCCCGCAUCCCGCCGCCCUUCAUCGCGCGGCGCUUCGGUUCCGAGGACGACGAGGAAGAGGAGGAGGAGACGCUCGGCGACGAAGAGGACGAAGAGGAGGAGGAGGACGGCGAGCUGGCCCGGAGCGUGCUGGCUCGGAGCGUCAGCAAGCAGUCGGUGGGCUCCUCGGAGCUGUCCUGCCAGCGGACCCCCCAGAGGGAGCGGCGUCCCAGCCGGGACAGCAGCCCGUCCCUGUACCUCUCGGAGGGCGAGGAGGGCUCGGGCAGCGACAGCAGCCGCGUCCCGCGGGGCAGCGUGAUCCGCAGCACCUUCCACAGCUCCUCCCAGCAGCUGUCGCCGCUCUCCGCCCGCCACAUGACGCUCCGCGACCGCUUCCAGGCCAAGAAGCAGGAGCGCGGCCGGCGCCCGCUGCGCCGCAGCCUCUCGGGCCGGCUCAGCGAGCCGCUCAUCGAGUACGUGGAGGACGAGGCGGAGGCGGGGCGCGGCCCGCGACGCGCCGCCUCGGCCCAGCCGCCCAUGCAGAAGUCGUGCUCCUUCGACAGCGGCGUCAGCCUGUCCCAGGCCAACCCGCCCCCCCACCGGAGGAGCCGCUCGCUGGACGAGUGCUCCCGCCGCUCGCCCGCCUCGCCCCAGCGGAGCCCGGGGCGGGCCGAGGAGGAGGAGGAGGAGGGGGGGGGCAGCCGGAGCGUGAAGGAGGAGUUCACGGACGACGAAGGGGGGCAGAGGAAGCUGCUGGCCCCGCCGGUCGCCGGCCGGACGUCCAGAAGGAGAGGCUCCGUGGCUCCGGUCCAAGGGAACCUCUUCCUAGGGGGAGCGCUGAGGAGCCCUCUGAUGGGGGAGAUGGCGCCCAUGACGCAUCGGGAGCCCCUGGAGGUGGGGAACCCGGCGGGGUCCCACAGUCCCCUGGCCGGGCCCCUCGUCCGGGUGCACGGGGACUCCGAGUCCCCCAGCGGACCGGGCCCCUGCGAGGAGGUGGCUCCCGUCCUCUCCGCCGCCCGGUUCCGGCCCGGCCAGAGGUACGGUGCUCCGUGUUCGCUCCGGUUCUCCGAGGUGGACGCCAAGCCGAAGAGCGCGGCCCCCCUGCCCCCGCCCCGGGCCCGGACCCGCUCCCACCAGGACCUGGCGGCCAGCAGCGGCGGCAGCAUCCACCGGGCGGGGGCCCCCUCCGGGGUCCAGCCCAGCCCCAGCCCCAGCCUGACGUCCCUCCAGUCCCCGGAGAGACCCCCCAGGACCAAGGACAAGACGGGCAGCCAGGGGCUCCAGAGGCACGCCUCGGCCCCCGCCCUGGAGAUCAAGAUCCCCCCGGGGAAGUCCCCCAAGCUGGGCCUCAUGACGAUCUUCCGCCGGCAGUCCUGGACGGGCCACUCCUACGCCCCGCUGGAGACCCCCGGCCUGGGCCCCACCCUGGGGGAGAUCAUGGCCCCGGACACCCCCACCAUGACCCUGAGGAAGAAGAUGAGGGCGUCGGCCUCCAGCCUCACCAAGCUGUUCAGAUCAUCCAGCAAGGAGGACCUAACCAAGGGAGGGCCGAUCGUGAAAGGAUCUCCCAUCCCUCCUAAAAGGGGCAGUCCCUCCGGAUCGGAGAGCCCUCAGAACAAAGUGUCCCGGCUGCUGUCCUCCUUCAAGAUACCGGCCUUCAAGAAGACCAAAGAGCCGCCGCCUCGGCGCAGCAGGCCUGACGUGGUCCAGCUGGACGGGGGCGGGGUCCUCCUGGUGUGGAGGCAGGUCCAGACCCCCUCCCCGGCGCUCUACUGCGUACAGUACUGCUCGGACGGGGUCCAGUGGCGGGCCCUCUCGGAGGGGGUGGCGGAGAACGUCCUCGUGGUGAAGGACCUGCCCCGGGGGGCCUCCUACGUCUUCAGGGUGGGCGUCGUCACCCAGCAGGGGGCCGGCUCCUUCAGCGACCCCUCGCUCCCCGUCGUCAUGGCAACGCACCCCGAAGAAGUCCAGCUGCCGCUCAUCCAGACGGACUCCCCAGAGACGAGGGCCGUCGGGGGGGCACAGCCUUCACACAAGACCUACAGCUUCCUCUCUGAGAUCAACAGGGGUCGCUUCAGCGUCAUCACCCAGUGCCGUGACGCCCAGAGCGGGCGCGUGUGCGCGGCCAAGCUGACGCCCUACGGCCCGGAGCAGCGACAGGGCGUGCUGAGGGAGUACCUGAUCCUCCGGCGCCUGCACCACCGCCACCUGGUGCAGCUGCACACCGCCUACAUCACCCCCGCAUACCUGCUGCUGGUGCUGGAGCUGUGCCCCGGCCGCGAGCUGCUGCCCAGCCUGGCCCAGAGAGACCUGUACUCUGAGAAGCACGUGGCUGAGCUGCUGGUCCAGAUCCUGGGCGCGGUGGACUACCUGCACGGACGCUGGGUGGUGCACCUGGACCUGAAGUCGGACAACGUGCUGGUGAACGAGCAGAACCAGCUGAAGAUCGUGGACCUGGGCUCCGCUCAGCCCUUCACCCCCGGGCAGCCCGUCCACAUCGAGCACUACCAGGGGCUGGCCGAAAGCAAAGAAUGCAGCAGCAAAGUUUACAUUGUGCUUCCAAAAGCUCCCGAGAUUCUGGAAGGCAACGGAGUCGGACCGGAGACGGACAUCUGGGCCAUCGGCGUCCUGGCCUUCAUCAUGUUCAGUGCCGACGCUCCGUUCCACUCGGAGCUGGGCUGGGAGCAGGAUAGGAACAUCCGGAAGGGGAAGAUCCAGUUCAGCCGCUGCUACCCGGGUCUGUCCGAGGGGGCCAUCAGCUUCAUGAAGACCAGCCUGAACCCCAAAGCCUGGGGGAGACCCACGGCGGCAGAGUGCCUGCAGAGCCCCUGGGUGAGGGCCCCCCGGGGCCCCGCCCAGCAGGGGGACUCCCUGGUCAGCUUCUCCACGGACAAGCUGAAGGCCUACCUGAGGGAGCGGCAGGCCAAGAGGGACCAGGUGCAGACCAAGCUCCGAGGACCCUUCUUCAAGUGAUGAAGACGAGGCUUCGCUCACA